AUGCCUGAUAUUUCAUCUUAUAUAAAAAUCAAUGAAAAAAAUAUAAGUGAAGGUGUGACAUCUGGUACCCUACGUAAAGAUCCUAAGCCCGAUAGUAAAUGUUGCAAAGGAGUGCUUCUAUUUGGGAUGGUUCUGCUAGCUUGGUUGGCGGCAGGAGCAGUUUGUUUAUAUUACAUGAUAUUGGUUGCGAGGCAACCACGUGGUCUCCCAGGUUUGGUCGAAGUGUGGGAGCAUUACAAAACCGUGCAUGGAAAGAACUACUCUCAGAAAGAGGAUGAGGAGCGAGUAGGCAUAUUUCUAGAAAGUAUGAAGGAGAUAGAAUACCAUAACGAACUCUUCGAAAUGGGAUUAAGGUCUUAUAAAAAACAAAUAAACAAGUUCUCGGAUUAUACUCCUGAUGAAUUGGAUGGAAUGAAAUGUUUCCGAGGAGAGGUUGAAAUCUCCCUUCCUGAAGACUCGUUUUCUUUCAGUGAAGGCGCGUCCUAUCCAGAGAGCUUCGACUGGAGGUCAAGAGGUGCAGUGAAUAGAGUCAAGGACCAAGGACAGUGUGGUUCUUGUUACGCAUUUUCUGCUAUUGGCUCAUUGGAGGCACAGCAUUUUAUUAAGACUGGGAAAUUAGUUUCCCUCAGCGAACAGAACAUAGUGGACUGCUCUCGACCACAAGGCAACUACGGCUGCGAUGGAGGGUACAUGAUUAGCUCUUUCCACUAUAUCUUCCAGAAUAACGGAAUAGACACCGAACUGGCAUAUGGAUAUGAAGCACUGGAAGGUGCGUGCAGAUUUCAACCAAGUGCCGUUGGAGCAACCCUACGGGGAUAUGGAACAGUAGCGUCUUCAGAAAAAUCACUUCAGGCAGCCAUAAUUGAUAUUGGUCCAAUAUCAGUAGGAAUCCACGUCAACAACAAUUUCUUCGCCUAUGGAGGAGCUAUCUUCGACGACGGCUCAUGCGAUCCCAACGUCAUCAACCACGCUGUCUUGGUUGUUGGCUUCGGCUCAGCUGGAGGCCAGGACUACUGGAUUGUGAAGAACUCCUGGAGUUCACUUUGGGGAGAGAAUGGCUAUAUGAAGAUUGCCAGGAACAAGGGAAACAUGUGCGGCAUUGCAUCUAUGGCCAGUUUUCCUAUUGUUUAA